AUGACCAACGCGGAUCUUGCUUCGCAACGCCUCUCCGCGACAACAAGCAUACUCGCAUGCAUUCUCCUCACACUCACAUUCGUCGGCUCUUUCUAUGUAUUUCGCGGAGGUAUUCCACGACAGGUCCCGCGAGAUGACCCACGGGUUGUGCGUAGGAGGUUCAUGGCUGCCGCUGGAACAUGCGCUGUGGGGUUCGUGUCUGUGGGGUUUGUCUUGAGUUCAGUGGGCAUUGUGCCUACUGGGACAGAGGGUUUACCAGUGCUACUUGCUCACCUUGGACUUAAACCGAAAGGCUUUCUACUAGCCGCUGUUCUCCCCUUACUUCUUACCAUGACCCUCUUCCUCGGGCCGCUCGCUGUCGACUUUAUUGCCGAGUCACUUCCCUUUCAAAGAAAGUUUUCCUUUCAAGAACAUCUGUUUGACAAAUUGAACGACAUAUUGGCUUGGAGGAACUACAUAGUGGGGCCGUUGACAGAAGAGUUUGUCUUUCGUGCCUGUAUGGUCCCAUUGUUCCAAGCAGCUGGGUUUAAAACGGUGACGACUGUUUUCAUGCUCCCCCUGUGUUUUGGUAUCGCCCAUAUACAUCACGGGUACGAGGUCUACAACAGACUAGGGCGAACAAAUCGUGCUUUGAAGCAAGCGCUGUUAUCCGGUGUCUUUCAGUUCUUCUACACGACGCUGUUCGGCUGGUUUUCAACCUUCCUCUUUCUAAGAACUGGCCACGUUAUGAAUACCCGCGCUAUAAAACCGGUUGGUAUUCGCUAG